CGAAUGUCAAACUCCGCCUAUGUUCCAAAGUUAAAAGCUCCAGAAGGACACCUAUUUUGUCAGUGCAGUAUCAAAUUCAGGACACUUUUUGGAAGUCAUGGGGAUAUUAGAUCUGUUUCUCCAGUCCACCAGCUCUAUCUCCCUGUUGGGGGGUCUGGUGGUCCUGCUACUCUUCUACCUUGUCUUCUCCUCCAGCUUCAGCUCCAAGGAGGACAGGAAGGAACCUCCAGGACCAAAACCGCUUCCCCUCUUUGGGAAUCUGCUGCAGCUUGACCUCAAGAGACCCCACCUCACAUUACUGAAGCUUUCCAAAAAAUAUGGAUCAGUGUUCACUGUCUAUUUGGGACCAAAGAAAGUGGUGGUUCUGGCUGGGUACAAGACUGUGAAGGAGGCACUUGUCAAUCACGCUGAAGAGUUUGGAGAAAGAGAUCCAAUGCCAAUUAUGCAUGAAUAUAAUAGAGGACAUGGUAAGGAAAGAAAAGAAAAAUAUAUUUUCCUUAAACAUUGUCUUAUUUUGUUCAGCCUUCAGUUGUGUAUUAAACAUAUUUUGUUGAACCACUCAGGCAUUUUAUGGUCCAAUGGUGAUUCGUGGAAAGAGAUGAAGCACUUUGCUUUGACUAACCUGAGAGACUUUGGGAUGGGCAGGAAGGCGAGUGAGGACAAAAUCAUUGAGGAAUGUGACCACCUCAUUGGAGUGCUCAAGAAAUUCAAAGGAGAAGCUUUUGAUACGACCCAACCAAUAAAAUAUGCAGUCUGUAAUAUUAUCUGCUCCAUGGUUUAUGGCAGCAGAUUUGAAUAUGAUGAUCCAGAGUUUACAUCCCUGGUAGAUUGCAUUAGCGCACGUGUUCAUCUUUUGGGUUCCACUUCAAUACAGGUGUACAACAUGUUCCCACGGUUCUGCAAAUGGAUUGCUAACAGGAAGUCCUUCCUCAGAUUGGGUGCUGCCAGUAUAAGACAGAACUUACAGCUGUUCAGUCGUUUGAAAGAGACCCUCAAUCCACAGAUGUGCAGAGGCUUUGUGGACGCCUUUCUGGUCCGAAAGCAAAAGUUGGAGAAAUCUGGGAUUACCAACAGUCAUUUCCACGAUGAAAACCUCAUGAUAACAGUUCAGAAUCUGUUUUCUGCUGGCACUGACGCAUCUGCAAUUACACUGAGAUGGGGACUUCUGCUCAUGGCCAAGUAUCCAAAAAUACAGGACCAGGUCCAGGAAGAGGUGAGCAGGGAGAUAGGAAGUCGUCAAGUGCAGGUCGAGGACAGGAAGAACCUGCACUUCACCAACGCUGUCAUCCAUGAGACACAGAGACUGGCCACCAUCGUCGUGUCAAUUCCUCACAAAACUACCCAAGAUGUCACCUUUCAGGGUUACGUCAUUAAGAAGGGGACCGCAGUAACUCCUCUCUUGACAUCUGUCCUGUAUGAUGAGAGUGAGUGGGAGAGGCCACACAGCUUUUAUCCUGCUCACUUCCUGGACAAAGACGGGAAGUUUGUGAAGCGAGAAGCCUUCAUGCCUUUUUCUGCAGGUCAUAGAGCUUGUCCUGGAGAGAGUUUGGCCAGGAUGGAGCUCUUCAUCUUCUUCACCACACUCCUGCAGCACUUUCGCUUCACUCCUCCUCCUGGAGUUUCAGAGGAUGAACUGGAUCUGACUCCACAUGUGGGCUUCACCCUCGACCCCUUACCUCACAAAUUGUGUGCUGCUCCUGUACAUGAGGAAGAGGAGGGCUUGAGAAUUUAAAAAGUAGUUUAAAAGUAAUGAAAAUGUUCAACACCAGUGAUGUAAUUAAGAAAAUGGUUGUUGAUAGUUUGCUUUAGAAGCACUCAUGUCCCAGCAUUGGACGUUCUUCAUUAGCUGCUUACUGUGUAUGCCAGCAGAACACAAGCAUCUAACAACUAUUACAAAAAAAGCUGUCUUGUAAUGUGACUUAACAUUUUGAUGUACACAAUAAACAAUGAAUGAAU